AUGACCAUAACAGAGACGACAACCACUGAAGCUACUACUGGUAAAACUACAAGCAGAGAAGUCAGAACCCCAACAGAGAGUAGAAAAACUGUGUCCAUUCCCAGUUCAACAACUGAACCGGUUUGCAACGGUACAUGGUCUAAGUGGUUUAAUGGAAAUUCGCCGUCUAUUCACAGUAAAGAUGAUUCUGAAUUACUGCAGCCAAUACUUGACAAGUUGUGUCCAGAUGCCCCUUAUGUAAUAAAUUACAUUGAGUGCGAAGCUGUCAGCUUCCCACAUCGUCCAAUCAGUGAAACAAAGGAUAAUGUCACAUGUGAUUUAAAAGAAGGACUGAUUUGUAACUACAAUGAAAGGUCCUCCCAGACUAACAUGUGUUUGGACUAUCGAAUUAGAGUCUGCUGUGAAUAUGUGACAACUCCAUCUCCAAGCACAGUCACCACAGUCAAUUCUACAUCACCAUUUACCUCAUCUACAACUGAACCAGUAUGUUCUUGUGGUAGAGCCUCACAAGGAAAGUGCUCUGAAAUGAACACCUGUCCACCCAAAACCUGCAGCAAUGGGAGGAUACCUGUGCUAAUCGAAACUCGUAAUGGCUGUUGUCAAUGGGAAUGUUUUUGUGAAUGUGAAGUAUGGGGAGAUCCACAUUAUCGCACAUUUUUUGGUACACAAUAUGACUUCUUUGGGAAUUGUACAUAUACUCUUGUGGAAGAAGUAAUUCCCAAAUAUAAUUUUACAGUUCUGGUAGACAAUUAUUUUUGUCUGGAAGGUAUACCUAAGUCAUGUCCAAAAGGACUGAUUAUCUUUUACAAAGAAAAUAAUGUUACAAUUUCACCUGGGAAUAACAAUAAGUUAACGGUCAAUGGACAUGAUACGAGUGUUCCGCCAUUUGAACAAUGCAGAAAGAAGGUUGACAUUGAGCCCUACAAAAGGACUUGCAUCUUUGACCAUUGCAGGAGAAUUACCCCCAUUAUCUGUAGUAGCUUGGAAGCUGCUGCUGAAGCUUGCAGAAGAGCAGGUUUUUGUGUUGACUGGAGGCCUUUCACAAAUGGACUGUGCAACUUUACAUGUCAGAACAACUUAGUUUAUAAGGCAUGCCCAGAAAAGACAUGUGAUCGCUGUGUGAACUACACAGUGAAAAUUGGUUAUCCAACUUCAGAGGAAGGAUGCUAUUGUCCAGAUGGAAUGAUGAUGACAGAAAAUGAUACUGAAUGUGUUUCCUCAUGUGACACAGAUUGCAAACCUACAGUUGUUACUCAAAAAAUUGUAAAUGGCACUUGCAAAACAGAUAUUGAAAUAAAACAAUGUAAAGGGAACUGCUUUUCAAGUACUAAAUUCAACUUUAAAACAAAUAGCAUGAACCACAUUUGUCAGUGCUGUCAAGAAAGGGAGACGGCAGAAAAGACAGUGAAUCUACAGUGUGACGAUGGAAGUACUUCAGCUUACACAUACACUGACAUCAAGUCCUGCACGUGCAAAGAAUGUGAAAGCUAGAAAGAACACCUGAAGAUUUGAUACAGAACUAAAGAUUUCAAUAACUUUA